AUGCACAUUGAUCUACAAAUGCGCAUUAAUCUAUGCGCGCACACUUCAUUCCAGUACGGUACGACAAAGCCCAUAGAUCUCAAACCCAACGGCGGCGACAUUCCGGUAACCAAUGACAACCGCAAAGAAUUUGUAGCGCUGUACGUCGACUGGCUCUUGAACAAGAGUGUGGCCAAGCAAUUCGAGUCCUUCUCGCGGGGGUUCCAUCGCAUGUGCGGGGGCAAAACACUCGACCUUUGCAUACCCGAAGAGCUGGAGUUGCUGAUCUGUGGGUCGCCUGAAUUGGACUUCACGGCACUGCAGGAGAACGCAAUGUACGACGACGGCUACACGCGAGACUGUGUGGUGAUUCAGUGGUUCUGGCUGCUCGUGGAGGGCUUUGACGAGGACAAGAAGAAGCAGCUGCUGAACUUUGUAACGGGAUCGGACCGUGUGCCCAUCAACGGGUUAGCAAACAUGACAUUCAUCAUCCAGCGAAACGGGCCUGAUUCCGACCGCUUACCCACCGCCCUGACCUGUUUCUCGCGGCUGUUACUGCCGGAAUACAGUACCUACGCCAAGCUCAAAGAUCGGAUUAGUGUUGCGAUCGAGAACGGAAAGGGAUUCGGACUAGUUUAGAGCGCUUCAAAGUGGUGUUAAGAUAGGAAAUAAAAAGGUUUAGGAUGCAGAUCUUGAAAGACAGUUAAACGGAGAC